AUGCUGCGAACACCUUUCAGGACAACCACAAGGACACUCGCCCGUCUGUCCACCACACCCAAGACCGCAAUUACUACUGCCACCAGCACCCCUGCUGUAUACAGUCGCCUCUUCAGCAGCAACACCAUACUCCGAUCCCUUCACAACAACGACAAUGACCACAAAGAACAUCCCGGUAAAGCCGGCAAUGCUGCUGCUGCUGGCGCUGGAGUCCUCCGCCAAAAGAAUGUUCCCACACCCGGAACAAUCGAAGACGCCGACAGCGCCAUUUCCGGAUUCAUGAACAUGUUCAACGAAAGGGAUUCCCGCACAGUCUCCGUCACCACCUGCACAAAGCAUGGCUUUGUCACCACCGAAGCCAUUGCUCUUCAGGGACCCGUCCUCUGUAUCGGAGGCCAGGUCUUUCUCUGGGAUAUUUUCAAAGAGGGCGGAGCUGUCGACAAGUACUUGAAGAAAACGAACACCGCCGCCUCAUCAUCACCAACAUCUAGUUCGACGACGGCGACACCACAGCAACCAGCGCGUUCUAUUUUUGAGACCAUGGACGAGGAUACUGCCAAGGAGAUAUUUAAAGUCUUUGAGUUGAUGAACCCCCGACCAGAAAUCUUGAUUGUGGGAACUGGAAAGGCAUUCGCGCCCUUGAGUCCGGCAGUCAGAGCCGUGGUCCGUAGCCUCGGUCUUCAAGUCGACAUGAUGAGCACCGCCAAUGCUGCAGCGACAUACAACAUGUUGGCAGAAGAAGGACGCGAAGUAGCCGCCGCCUUGUUACCAUUGGAACCAUCAACAGCUCAAGUCAUUCGCAACAAUCGUCAAUAA